AUCAUAGGCGCUAGGCUUGGCAGAUAGCUUACUUACAUCUCAUUCACAGCUGUUACCUGCUUUUCCCUGCCGCACAGACUCGCUCGCUAACAAAGUCCUCGCCGUGACAUAUGUCCUUGCCGAUUUGCCAUUUAGCUGUUUUAUAUCGAUGAGUUUUCUACUGCAGUAAUACAAUCGGCCCUAGAACUUUGUGAGCGUUGUGGAAAAUGGGCAAACCAAAGGGCAAGGGCGCCGGAGGAGGCUCAGAUGGCGGGCUACGCGUUGCUGGAGGAGUGCAGAAGAAGUCUCAGAAGAAGGGGCCCAACACUGGCGUGUCUGGUCUGGAGUUCCAUAAAAGCAAGGGCCAGCACAUUCUGCGGAACCCGCUGGUCGUGCAAGCCAUCGUCGACAAGGCGGGCGUCAAGUCCACGGACGUGGUGCUAGAAAUCGGUCCCGGUACGGGUAACUUGACGGUGAAGCUGCUGGAGAAGGCGAAGAAGGUCAUUGCCGUGGAGCUUGACCCACGCAUGGUCCUGGAGCUGCAGCGGCGUGUGCAGGGCACGCCGUACGCCAACAACCUGCAGAUUAUCCACGGUGACUUCAUGCGUGUGGAGCUGCCCUACUUCGACCUGUGUGUGGCCAACAUCCCCUACAAUAUCUCCUCGCCGCUCACCUUCAAGCUGCUGGCGCACAGGCCCGCCUUCCGCGCUGCGGUGAUCAUGUACCAGCACGAGUUCGCGAUGCGGCUGGUGGCCAAGGCGGGCGACAACCUGUACUCGCGCCUGGCGGUCAACACACAGCUGCUGGCGCGAGUCAGCCACCUGCUCAAGGUGGGCAAGAACAACUUCCGGCCGCCGCCCAAGGUGGACUCGUCGGUGGUGCGCAUUGAGCCGCGCCACCCGCCGCCGCCCGUCAACUUCCUCGAGUGGGACGGCCUGGUGCGGCUGUGCUUCAGCCGCAAAAACAAGACGCUGGGCGCCAUCUUCAAGCAGACCAACACGCUGCAGGCGCUGGAGACCAACUGGCGCACCUACCAGGCGCUUCAAGGCAACGCCGGCGCGGCAGCGCCGCCGGCCGCCGCUGCCGGCGGCAUCGCCAGCCUGGGCGCGGCGGCGGCGGACGACGACGCGAUGGAGGACGACGCCAUGGACGGCGACGACGACAACGACGACGCCAUGACGGUGGACGGCGGCGCGGGUGGCGGCGGCGGCGGUGGGCGCGGCGGGCGCAGGGCGGGCGGCAAGGUCAGCCCCGAGUUCAAGGAGCUGGUCAUGAAGGUUCUGGAGGACAACGGCCUGGACACCAACCGCAGCAGCAAGAUGAGCCAGGAGGAGUUCCUGCAGCUGCUGGCGCUGUUCAAUGCGGCCGGGAUACACUUCGCUUAGUAGCGGACGGGGGAAGGCAUUGGAAGAGGCGGAGAGGGAGAGGGAGUGGGGGAGCAGCAGGAUAGGCAGGCGCGGCGGCAGGGGGAGAGGUUCUUUGCUGCGUGUGUGUCGGCGUGUGUGUCCGCGUGCGAUGGGAAAGGGUAACUGGGUAAGGGAGCCAAGGUGUCGGCAUGUACGGUAAACGACGGAAACGAAAGGAGACCCGCCCGGUGCAUGUGUGGGCAGGGGUGGGUGGGUGUGCAAGGCAGGGUGGCAGCUGUGGCUGCCCAGGAUCGAGAGGUGCUGUGGUGUGGGUAUUUGUCGCUUGUGAAAUGUUCAACUGCCGAAAAGCAGUUCGUCUGUUUCUGCCGCUGUGCUCCGGGCUCUCGGCAAAGCGUAUGUACAUUGGCGUGCAGAAUGGAAGAUGCCGUGUUGCACGCACGAUGCAAGAUGUUAGCAGGCACUGUUUACGGCAGCCAGGGGAUGGGGUUCGCAGAGGAGUGAAAGCGAGGUUGUGAGGUUAUGCGCGCAGCGCGCCACGGAUGUGGGUCGGGGGCAGAAUGGUGCGGCUGCUGCAACUGCCAUAAGCGCCACGUGUGUGAAGCGAGGCUGCGCACGAGCUGGCAAAGCGCGGGGUGCCUUACCCUGUUGUAUCGGUACUGGACAGGCGUCUAAAU